AUGGUCAAGAUAGGUGGCCCCAGACCUGGAGACUCACAGGGGAUAAACAAGGAAACGAUUCCAAACGAAUCCAUGGAUAGAUUCCUAAAGAAAGCCGCUCAAGCUCAUGUGGCUAAAGAAUCCAAGAUGGCGCUCGGCACGCCGAGAGCGGCGGGGAGCAGUGUGAAGCCUGCAGCUGCCUAUGAGAAGUGGUUGCUGGGCGUAUACCCAUGGUGCUGUGUCCCCAAUGAAUUGAACGAGAAAGGGAUUUUAUGUCUACAGUCACUUAUAGUCGCUGUUGAUGACCUACAUGGCAAGAUUCUGCAGUCUGGUCCGUCUGCUUCUCAUAUACUGGCUGAACAUGUGUCCCAAAUGAUGCCACGUGACGAGAGUUGGCAGAAGAUGCGCCAGUGUCUCGCAGGACAGUGGUCAAGCAAACCUAUCUUGGAAGGCCGAUUAAGCAUGAACUCGGAAACAUCUGGGACAGAUCUUAAAUCAUUCUCUAAAACUUGGCUGCCCCACCACCUCUGCGCGGCCUCUCUACUCAGCAAAAUGGCUUUUCGAAUGCUGAAGAGUGAUGGAGCUUCAAAAGAUGAGGAAAUUGAAAGGAAAAUAAUCAUUGCUGUGGCAGAGAUGCUGUAUAGCUUACAGUGGUGCGAGGAGCUAGAGAGACCCCCUGCUAUUAUCACAGAGUGCCGCCAUAUGCUACAGACAAUGGACAUAACCCCUGACACAGUGAAGGCGCUUGCUGGCCAUCGUUCUGCUCUGCUGGAGCUGCUCCACACCAGGUCAUUAGAAAGUGGCACAAUCUGGUCCUUGACUCUCCACAAGCUUAUCCACUUGGCCAGUCCUGGACACGAUGAGCUGAAACGGCUGACAGCAGGCACACAGAGUUAUUUCCCCGUGACUCAAGGCAGCCUGCACACCAUCCAGUGUCUGUCCACAUUCUUACAUAGUAAUGAAAAGGAAUCUGUGAUAAUCCAGUUUGUCUCCCGCCUGAUGUCCUGUCCUGUGACCGAUUUGUCUUGUACAGAUGGAGGGUUUGGUUUUCUUGCCAUUAUCAAUUCGUGCCUGGACGCAGAGUCUAUUCCUUCUCCUGAUCUCCUUCCGGGAAUUCUGAAAGUCAUUCUCGCGUGGAAAAACGCUCGCGAGGAUCUCUUUCUGUUCAGCGGUCAUUUGCAGGACGAUGGCCUGGACUUAGUUGGGCUGAAUGUGGAAAUCAUUCGAUUCUUCUCACUUCUCCUGAAAUACUCGGCUUCUGCUCUGCUUUCUCUGGAGGAUGCGGAGUGGGACUUUAUAAUGUGCUCCAUGUUAGCAUGGUUAGAGACUGCGUGUGAGAGCUCGGCACUCUACCAUGUACCACUGGUCCGGCUGUUUGCUUGCGUAAGUUACAGCCUGGCUUCAGAUUUAUCUGCUUGCUUUCAAUCUGUCACCACGAGCGCCGCCGCAGAGCAACUUCCCGCAAAACUUAUCUCGGAGUGGAAGGAAUUCUUUUCUGAAGGCAUCCACGGCUUACUGUUACCGAUGUUGGUAAAAAUAGCAGGGGAGAGCACGGCGUCCGAGGUUUCGUAUCACUCCUCCGUGCUGCAGUCUCUGGGCCACGCUUUGUCCUUCAUCACAAAGGAGCAGCUGCUGAACCACGACCUGCCGGCCAGGUUCGUCGCUGGACAGAAGAGCAACCUCCCGGAUGGCCUUCAGAGCUUGCUGAAUACCCUGGCCCCGCUCCUGCUGUAUAAAGACCGAGCCGUUCAGAUCACAGUCUACCACAUGCUGAAGAAAAUUAUGUCCGACCUGCCAGCGUUUGAUGAAGACCAUGGAUCUGAAGAUGAAGAGGAACCUGCUUUGUCUCCACCAGCCGCCCUGAUGUCCGCCCUGGCUACUCUAGAAGAUUUAGUAGAAGCUCUUCUCGAAGGAAUCCAAGUAGGAGAAUUUGCCGUGAUCCAGCCAUUGAAAGAAGAGUUCUGCUUUGUCCUUGGUUAUCUUCUGACUUGGAAGCUCAUACUGACUUUCUUUAAGGCUGCGUCAUCACAACUGCGGGCGCUCUACUCUCAGUACCUUCGAAAAACAAAGAGCUUGAAUAGACUGCUUUACAACUUGUUUAAGCUGAUGCCUCAUACACCAGUAUUUCCUGGCCAAGUGAGCGAUGCAGCCUGCAAAGAGCCCAGAACCUUCUUUACUGAAGAGCUAACCUUAACCGUGCAAGGUUGUGCCACGCUGCAGUACGAGAUCCCCCACUUGGCAUGUUGCGUUUACCACAUCACAUUGAAGGAUUUACCGGCGAUGGUCCGCCUGUGGUGGAACGGCUGCGAGAAGAGGAUCUUCAGCGUGGUCGACAAAUUUACUACAAAGUAUGUGAGCGGAGUGCUGUCUUCUCAGGAAAUCUCAUCUGUGCAGUGCAGCACGCAAAUGUUCGACGGCAUGACGGUCAAAGCUCGUCCUACUACCCGGGAAGUCAUAGCCACCUAUUCCGUGGAUGACAUCUGCAUAGAGCUCAUUAUUCAGCUGCCACAAAACUACCCCCUGGGGUCAAUCACUGUAGAAAGCGGCCGGCGAGUAGGUGUGGCGGUUCAGCAAUGGCGCAACUGGAUGUUACAGCUCAAUACCUACCUUACUCAUCAGAACGGGAGCAUCAUGGAAGGCCUGGCCCUCUGGAAGAACAAUGUGGACAAGCGGUUUGAAGGAGUUGAAGACUGCAUGAUCUGUUUCUCGGUCAUUCAUGGUUCAAAUUAUUCUCUACCUAAAAAAGCCUGCAGGACCUGCAAGAAGAAGUUCCAUUCUCAGUGCCUGUACAAGUGGUUUACUUCAAGCAACAAAUCGACAUGUCCUCUGUGCAGAGAGAUGUUCUUCUGAGAACUGCCAGAAGCUUCUACCUACUCAGAAGCUUCUCUGUAGAUCCACCCAGGACACUGUUCUCCACUACUGAUUGAAGGACCUGUGUGUGAAUAUUUCCAGUUCCUGUUAAACCGAUGUCUUUGGUUUUUCAUCUCACCACCCAUAACCCACCCCAGCUAUAACAUUGGAUACCGGAUCUCCUGUAAUAUAUCACAGAGAGUGUAAAUCAGACUGCAGUUGCAAGGGUUAAUUUUAGGGGAAGGAAAUUUGCAUUUUAAAAACUGGGGGAGUCACAUGGACAGCAAUAAAAGCCACAUAACUUGUAAUUGUUUCUUCUUCUUUUCUUUGGAAAUUCGAUUUAUUUUAAUUAAAAAUGUGAUGAAAAAUG